AUGCAGACUUCAAGUACCCUUUCUCGGACGGAAACGUGGCGCCUGCUGCUUCUCGUGGGAGCUGGUCUCGGCGUGCUGGUCAACACGUUCCAGGGCGAUGGUGCACCCUUGAUAGCCUCGAUUGCGCUAACUUGCAUAUCAUUCGCCGUCGCCUAUAGCAUGAUCCGAUGGCUUGGACCGGUAUUCAUCAAGGCAGGGUUGAAGGGAAAGGAUAUGGCCAAGCCAAGAAAACCUGAAAUACCUGAAACUAUGGGAGCCGUAUGCGCCGUGGUUUAUUUGCUAUCCCUGAUCGUGUUCAUUCCAUUUGCCUUUUACAAGGACAUUGUCGCAGCAACCUCAGGCGGAGGUAAUCGCGACGUGGUUAUUGAAGACCAACACAUUGAGAUGGGUCGCUAUCUCCAUAGAUUUCCCCAUGGAAAGCUUGCAUCAUACCUAUCAGGUCUGUUGUCUCUGCAAUGCAUUGUCAUCCUUGGGAUUGGUGACGACUUGCUCGAUAUUCGCUGGCGACACAAGGUCUUGAUUCCUGCAUUUUCAGCAAUUCCCAUGCUCAUUGUGUACUUCGUCGAUUUCGGCGUCACCCAUGUUGUCGUGCCAGUUCCACUGCAAGCAUACCUCGGAGCUUUCAUUGACCUCGGAUGGCUAUAUUACAUGUACAUGGCAGCCGUAGCGAUCUUCUGUCCGAAUGCGAUCAACAUGUUCGCAGGUAUAAAUGGGAUCGAGGUAGCCCAAUCACUGGUGAUUGCGGUUCAACUCCUGUUUAAUGAUGCGCUGUACCUGGCGCCGGUCACACCAUACCCGAACCCGGCUACAGACUCGCACUUAUUCUCUAUCUACUUCUUGCUACCAUUUGUUGGUGUAUCGGCUGCACUUCUGUGUCACAACUGGUAUCCAUCCAAGGUGUUUGUGGGUGACACCUACUGUUACUUUGCAGGCAUGGUCUUUGCGGUUGUGGGUAUACUUGGUCAUUUCAGCAAGACCUUGCUCCUGUUAUUUGUGCCCCAGAUCUUCAACUUUUUGUAUUCCACACCACAGCUUUUCCAUAUCAUUCCUUGCCCCCGUCAUCGGUUACCAAAAUUCAACGCUGCGACUGGGCUUUUGGAGACUUCUGUCACUGAGUGGACAGUUCCCCCUUCUCCUUUAGUCGCGUUAGUGUUGGAAAUUCUCCACAAAUUACGGUUGGUGCGUGUGAUCAAGAACGAAGGAGGACAGAUUAUCGAGUCAACGAACUUGACUAUCUUGAAUCUUUGGCUCGUUUGGAUGGGACCCAUGAGAGAGGACACCCUUGCAUGGCACAUGGUUGGUGUUCAGACUGUUUGUGGUUUAGUUGGAUUAUUUGUGCGGCAUCGACUAGCUUUGCUAGUGUUCAACACUGAUAACCUAUCAUUUCAGUCUAUGGCAUGA